AUGAUUCAAAGAUUGUUACUCUUCUACUUAAUAUUUACCAUCAAAAUUUGUACAGCACGUCGACGAUGUGUUAACAACGGUGUUCUAUUCAACGAGAAGAUUAUACGUUCACCAAUUGUUGUUUACGGUGAAGUCGUUGGCAAACGAGUUUAUCUUGAUUCCGAUACUGAACUGCUUUUCAACGUUAGCUUUCGCGUCGAUUGCAUUCUCAAAGGACCAGAUAUUCAGAGUCCAAUUGAAAUAACCGAUGCAGGUAUAAAAUCUGGUCAUACUGCUUGCCAAUGGCUUGAUCCGGGAUAUUUGUACGUUGUUUUCCUUGAAAAAUGGGGAGUGCAUGCGAAUGGCUAUCGUCCAUUAGACUUUCAAGAACGUCUCGUCGAUGAUGUAACUACAGAUGAAUUGCAGAAAACAUGUGGAUUAAUGAAAAUUCCACCCUUGUACUCCGCCACAGAUCGUUGUCCUCAAGUUUCAAACAGCACAUAUUGCCCACUCGAUGCAUAUGAUAGAAGCGUCGCACCGGAAGAGCAACCGGCUCAAAAUCGAAAUCCGCAAGUGAAACAAUCCUAUUUUGAUCACGGCAGUUUAUUUCAACUUCAAUCGAAUAUAACUGUGCCGCGAGAAGGCUCAUUAAUGGCUUUUUCAGGGGGCUUACACAACAAUCAUGCAUGCUCACCCACAAUCUCUGGAGUUUUAUUCUUUAUAAUUCCAUUAAUCAUGAUAAACAUUUUUUAA